CCCAACUCCGCUCUCCCCCAAGGCCCCAACCCAACUCGGCCACCACCGCGUUCUUCUUCCCACCUGCCAAAAACCCUACACCCCGCGACGACCAACCGGCGGCCGCCAUGCUUCUCCGGCGACCCCUCCAGACCCUCGCCUCCCCGCUCCUCCGCCGCCACCUAUCCAACGCCGCCGCAGCCGCAGUGGUCUCCGCCCCGGACCACAGGAUCGACGAGCUCCUGUCGCCGCCGUUCGAGUACCUCCCGGGUCACCCUCGGCCGGACCCGAAGCACGACGAGGUGAUCUUCGCGGUGCCGAGGGCCUCCUCCGGGCGGCAUUUAGCGGCAAAGGAACGCAAGGCCGGGCGGGUGCCGGCCAUCGUCUUCGAGCAGGAGAAUGGUCAGGAGGGCGGCAACAAGCGCCUUAUCUCGGUGCCGUCCAAGCAGAUCCGCAAGCUCGUCGACCACCUCGGACGGUCCUUCUUCCUCUCCCGCCUCUUCCGCCUCGAGGUCUUUUCCGAGCACGCCGGGGAGGGGGACCUUAUCGAGAGCGUCCGCGUUCUGCCGCGCAAGGUGCACUUGCAUGCGGGCACUGAUGAACCUCUGAACGUGACAUUCAUGAGAGCCCCUCCUUCGGCGCUGCUCAAAAUAGAUGUUCCUUUGAUGUUCAUUGGAGAGGAUGCCUCACCUGGCCUCAGGAAAGGAGCUUACUUCAACACCAUAAAACGAACAGUCAAGUUCCUCUGCCCUGCCGACAUAGUACCACCAUAUAUCGAAGUGGACCUAAGCGAGCUGGAUGUCGGGCAGAAACUGUUGAUGCGUGAUCUGAUAGUCCACCCAGCCCUGAAGUUGCUUCAGUCUCCAGACCAACCCAUCUGUAGCAUUAUAGGGUCAAGAGCACCUGACCAGAAGAAAGAGAAAGAGAAAUCAAAAUAAUUCACUUCAUUGUAUUAACUGUUCAACAGAAUAAGUUUUUUCUUGCUAUCCAUGCUUGCACAUUUCGGUUCCUGAUUACCUAGAACGAAUACUAGGCUAAAUUGUAGCCAGGGAUCACUGUUUUUACCUGAGGGGUGUAUGUUUUGAGAAGCCAGAUGCCAUGCUACUGAUGUAAUUGCUACAGAAAUGUUCAAACAUGGUUCUGCGAGGCAGAUGGUUUUGCUUGCUACCA